UUCGACAAUGCUUUAAUGGUGUGUUUUCCCAAAGUGGAUCACGUUUCACCUUGUUGCCUUUCUAUUGACAUAACAAAAAUUGGAUAUUUGUAAGAUGCUGCCUCUGAUAUAAAUACGCCAUCAAUCUGACAGCCUUAUCAGUGCGACCAGAAACAGACACUGUGGACCACUACAUCUAAAUUAUCAAUAAUCCAGUGACUCAGCGUGUUGUAUGUUUUGGUAGCCUGGACAAGUCCCCACGUUAUGUCCGCCGCAGGUUAUCUGAGCGCAGAACUCUGCUCCUCAGUGCUGUGUUGCCUGAGGAAGAGGCAAAGAAUCCCCUCGUCAAGAACUGAGCAAGAGUCUGCAGAAUCUACAGGAAAGACGACCGGGAACGGUGUGACGCUGUUGACGUCCACAACGAAUCCAGAUAUCUCUUUCAUGACCCAGAAGUCCUAUUUUCCGAACGACGUAUCAAAAACGAACCCUAUGACAUCUUUGACAAAUAACGGGCCCCCAAAGUGUCCUGUGAUGAAUCAUGGACCAACAGCAAACGAAGUGACCUCUCUGAGGAACUACCUGGAUGGAACCGUUGCCGUGGAUACGCUGCAUGAGAAGCAGCGUCAGUCCGGGAUAUGUACAAACAAUCUUUGCAUGGGAUCAACAAUGUUAAACGAUGACAUGAAACACCCUCAGACGAUCAGGUCAAGGGAGGGUCUACUUGCCGAUGCCGAGGACUUCCUUGACCAGUAUUACACGUCAUUAAAAAGCCUCGACUCUGCAGGCCAUAUGAUGAGAUGGGCAGAAGUUAAAGAAGACAUAGCGGCAACCGGGACAUAUGACCUGACCUUGGAAGAGCUAGCCUUCGGUGUGAAGACAGCAUGGAGAAACGCGCCACGGUGUAUUGGAAGAAUCCAGUGGUCAAAACUGAAGGUGAUGGAUGCUCGUCACGUGUCCACGACUCGGGGGAUGUUUGAAGCUAUCUGUUCCCAUCUUGAAUACGGCACCAACAAUGGUAACCUCAGGUCCACAAUCACGGUGUUUGCCCCGCGUAGAUCCAGGAGAGAGGACUUCCGGGUAUGGAACAACCAGCUGAUCCUAUACGCCGGCUACCGUCAGCCUGACGGCAGCGUCAUCGGCGACCCCGCCAACGUCGAGUUCACGGAGAUAUGCGAGGCGCUGGGUUGGCGUGGAAAAGGCGGGGUGUUUGAUGUCCUCCCACUCGUUCUGUCAGCCGCAGGCGGAGACCCAGAGGUGUUUGACAUUCCCGAGAAGCUUGUCCUGGAGGUGGAGAUGAAACACCCCAAAUACGCGUGGUUUGAGGAGUUGGGCUUGAAGUGGUUCGUAUUUCCGGGUGUGUCCAAGAUGGUGCUCGACUGUGGCGGGCUGGAGUUUCCCGCUGUCCCUUUCAACGGCUGGUACCUGGGGACUGAGGUCGGGGCCAGAAAUUUCUGCGAUGCCGCAAGAUACAAUAUGACUGAGAAAGUUGCGAUUAAGAUGGGUCUAAACACUGAGAAUACCUCCUCACUGUGGCGUGACCGAGCCCUAGUGGAGGUCAACAUUGCGGUACUGCACAGCUUCCAAUCGGUUGGUGCGACGAUUGUUGACCACCACACCGCGUCCGAGUCCUUCAUCCAGCAUCUCCAUAACGAGCAGCGCCAGCGUGGAGGGUGUCCCGCUGACUGGGUGUGGGUCGUUCCCCCGAUGAGCGGGAGUCAGACGGAGGUGUUUCACCAGGAGAUGACGGUCUACAAGCUCAAGCCUUCUUAUGAGUACCAGGAGGACGCUUGGACAGCCCAUGUCUGGAAGAACAAGGACCUACAACAAAGGUACAUGGAGGCGCGACUCAAAAGACUGACCCAGUCUCAGGCCAAGGCAGUGGCCAGCCACAUUAACUGUGUCAUCGUGUUCGCCACAGAGACCGGCAGAUCAGAACGAUUCGCUAGGCGGUUGUGUCAGACAUUCAAGCGUGCGUUUACUACCAGGGUCGUGUGCAUGGAGGACAUUGACCUGACCGAGCUGCAGCAGCAGGACCUCAUCCUCGUCGUCACCAGCACCUUCGGCAACGGCGACGGCCCGGAGAAUGGCGAGACUUUCGCCAAGAGCCUAGAAAAAGUCAUACAGUCGGGGUCUCUAGAAAGAAAAAAGGGAACUGAAGUAGGGGACGCCAACGGAGGAGGAGCACUAAAAAACAUCAGAUACGGGGUGUUUGGACUGGGAUCCAGGGCCUACCCCAAUUUCUGCGCCUUCGGCCACUUCCUGGACUCGCUGCUGGGGGACCUGGGAGGUCAGAAGAUCCUGGAGACAGGGGAGGGGGAUGAACUGAGUGGACAGGAGAACUCCUUUAAGACCUGGGCACGGCGUGCCUUUAAGGCCUCACUCACGGCGUUCAACGUGGACAGUGACAUGGACACGACAGACCUCGACGGCGACCUGUCCAGUGGCGACGACACGUGGACACCCGGCAGAUUCCGUAUAGCAGAACUUCCUGACGGGGAGGAGGGAGACCUGUGUACAGUUCUAGGCAAGCUCCACAACAAGCAUGUGGAGCCGUGUAAGGUCCAAGAGAGGCGACAGCUCCAGUCUGCUACGUCUCCGCGCCAAACUAUCCUGGUACGGCUGGGGACUAAUUCUUCUACUGCCAUGAAGUACAGCCCAGGUGAUCACGUUGCCAUAUUUCCUUCAAAUUCACCGGCAAUGGUGGAAGCCAUCUUGUCUCGCCUACACGAAGCGCCCUCUGCUGGACAGAUCAUGCGGAUAGAGGUGAUGCAGGAGGAGACAACCGCGCGAGGCACCGUGGAGAACUGGGUGACAUGGGAUAAGGUACCAUCGUGUUCUCUAAGAACCGCCUUCACCCGGUACCUGGAUAUCACCACGCCCCCAACCCAGGACCUCCUGAAGACGUUGUCCACCUUGGCAGACAAUAAUCAGGACAGAGACAGGCUGGACCUGUUGACCACCGAUUCCAACGCUUAUGAGGAAUGGAGGGAUACGAACGCGCCGACUCUCCUGGAGGUGUUGAAGGCAUUCCCCUCCCUCCGGGUACCCGCCUCGCUGCUGGUCACACAGCUCCCCCUGCUGAAACAGCGCUAUUACAGCAUCAGCUCGUCUCCCGACGCCCAUCCCGACGAGGUCCAUGCCACUGUCGCUGUGCUCAAGUACACGACUGAAGGUGGCAUCGAACACGAGGGUGUGUGUUCCGGUUGGCUGAACAAACUGGAAGUCGGGCAGGUCAUCCCGUGUGCUAUCAGAGCCGCCCCCAACUUCCGCCUACCAGAGGACAAGACGCUGCCGGUGAUGAUGGUGGGGCCAGGGACAGGUAUCGCCCCCUUCAGGAGUUUCUGGCAACAGCGACAGGUGGACCUGGCGAGAGGGCAUACUCCGACAAACGCCAGGCGGCGAGGCUGGGGUGACAUGCGGUUGUAUUUCGGCUGCCGGUCGUCCAGCCAGGAUCACGUCUAUGACUCGGAGCUGGCAGCCAUGAAGGACCAGAGAGUGCUGAAGGACUACUAUGUGGCCUUGUCCCGCGAGCCAGGCCAACCGAAGAUGUACGUCCAGCACAUGUUGCAGCAGUAUGCCAAGGACGUCUACAACACCAUGGUCAAAGCUGGCGGACACAUCUACGUUUGCGGCGAUGUAGAAAUGGCUGAAGACGUCAGGCAGACACUGGAGCGGAUUCUGAGUGAGCAAGGGAACCUGACACCGGAAGCAGCUAGAGAAUAUAUUCGCCAAAUGAGGAGUGUCAAGAGAUACCACGAAGACAUAUUCGGAGUUUUACAGAAGAAAACGAAAGUGGAAACCAGGUCACCGGUCCAGACAAAUAACGUCGAGGAGGACGUGCCCUGGAUUCGGAAAAUAACGGACUCUGUCGACGAGGGCGGAAAUGUGGUGCCUGUGUUCCCAAGUACGAACCAGUUUGUACGCCGGGCAGUGCUUAAUACAUCACUAACUUCACUUGAUGGCUUCAGCGCAGGUGUAGAGUCCAACUAGGUCCGUGGUAACAGUAACGCUAGAACCGGAAGAAGAUCAAAGGGAGAUAAUAGACGACAUAGCUUCGUGAUGCCAACAGCCAAGCUAAGAGUGAGUGAGUGAGUUGGGUUUAAUGCCGCUUUUAACAUUAUACCAGUUAUAUCGCGGCGUGUCAGUUUAAUGUGGGAGGAAAGCCCGGAGUGAUGCAGAUCUCAGACGUUUACC